AUGAAUAGUGAACCAAAACCAUAGACUCAUUAGGCCAAAGCAAGAUUAAAGGCUGCUAGAUCUAUUUUUGAAUUAGCUGAUGUUAAUAAGGAUGGUUUCAUCACUUUUGAUGAAGUUCCAAAAUUGUUAAUUGAAACAAACAAGUUGAUUACAGAUGAGAAGUAUGUGCCUACAAAAGAGGAAAUAGAUUGCUGGAUUAAUAUGACCGAUUUAAAUAAGGAUAAAAAGGUUAGUAUCCAUGAAUUUGAAGUUUUAAUAUUAAAAGCUCUUCAAGCAUAAGGAAUUGAUUUAGAUGGACAAUGA